CUCCCCGUCCCCGCCCGCCCGGUGCCGUCGGAGAGGUUGACAGGUCGUGGCGGGGAGGCGGCGGCGGCGGCGGCGGCACCGGCACGGCCCGGCGCCCGAGACGGAGCCCUAUGGGGAACGCGACGAGCCACGGCAGUGAGGACGAGGCGGCAGCCGCCGGGGGCGAGGGCUGGGGCCCGCUUCAAGACUGGGUCGAGGAGCUGAGCGCGACCCCCGGCUCGGGCCCGGCGGCCCCGGCGCUGCCGCCCGCCGCGGCUCUGCUGGAGCCCGCCCGCCUGCGCGAAGCGGCGGCUGCCCUGCGGCCCGUGCCGCCCAGCGAGUCGCUCGUGUCGAGGCACCACGGCGCGCUGCUGCGCUGGCUGGAAGAGCGGCUGGGCCGCGGCGAGGAGUCCGUCACCCUGGAGCAGUUCCGGGAAGUGCUGGAGGCUCGCGGCGCCGGCUGUUCCGGCGAGCAGUUCGAGGAGGCUUUUGCUCAGUUUGAUGCAGAGGGUGAUGGUACAGUUGACGCUGAGAACAUGUUGGAGGCUCUGAAGAAUUCCAGUGGAGCAAAUCUUCAGGGAGAGCUGAGCCACAUCAUCAGACAGCUGCAGGCCUGUUCUCUUGUUCCUGGUUUUACAGAUAUAUUUGCAGAGUCAAAGGGGAGUUUGGAAGUACAUUCAUCAGUGAUUCUGCGCUUCCUGCAUCGCAAUCGGGCCUCCGGCACGGCUAUCCCCUACCCCUUGCUGGACCACUGUGGCAAUAUGUGCACCAUGAGGGCUUCUGUUCUAAAGGAGUCUCUGGAUCAACUAGUACAAAAAGAAAAAGAAAGCCCUGGAGAUCUCACUAGAAGCCCAGAGAUGGACAAACUCAAGACAGUAGCCAAGUGCUAUGCUUAUGUUGAAACAUCCUCCAACCCUGCAGACAUUGAAAAAAUGACAAAUGGAGAAACAUCAUCAUACUGGCAGUCAGAUGGCAAUGCACGUUCACACUGGAUUCGUUUAAAAAUGAAGCCAGAUGUUGUGCUUAGGCACUUGUCAAUUGCAGUGGCUGCCACUGACCAGAGCUACAUGCCGCAGCAGGUGACAGUAUCUGUGGGGAGAAGUGCCAAUGAUCUCCAGGAAGUCCGCGAUGUGCAUAUUCCCAGCAAUGUCACUGGCUAUGUGACACUGCUGGAAAAUGCCAACAUCAGUCAACUCUAUGUCCAGAUAAACAUAAAGCGUUGCCUUAGCGAUGGAUGUGACACUAGAAUUCAUGGUCUGAGGGCUGUUGGCUUUCAGAAAAUUAAGAAGACUGGGGUCUCAGUCUCAGAUGCUUCUGCAAUAUGGUAUUGGUCGCUGCUGACAUCUCUGGUGACUGCUUCCAUGGAGACAAAUCCCGCCUUUGUCCAGACAGUACUGCACAAUACUCAGAAGGCACUCCAGCACAUGCCUCCACUUUCCCUCUCACCUGGAUCUACAGAUUUCUCAACUUUCCUGUCUCCCAAUGUUCUAGAGGAAGUGGACAGCUUCCUCAUAAGGAUAACUAGCUGCAGUUCUACCCCCGAGGUAGAGCUGACUCUUCUGGCUUUUGCACUAGCAAGAGGAAGUGUUGCCAAAGUGCUGAAUUCUCUGUGUACCAUCACUGACCAUCUGGACACACACUAUGAUGCCUUGUCCCUCAUCUCAUCUAUGGCAUUAGUCAGGCAAAACCUGCUCCUGAAAUACGGUAAACCUCUUCAGUUGACUCUUCAGGCUUGUGAUGUCAAAGGGAAAGAAGAAAAAUCAGGACCUGAAAACCUCCUUGUUGAACCAUGGACAAGAGAUGGUUUUCUUACAGAGACUGGAAAAACCAGAGCAAGUACUAUUUUUUCUACAGGAACUGACUCUGCCAUCCAAGUUACACAGAUCAGAAUUAUGGUUCGACGUGGGGGCAUUGGUGCCCAGUGUGGAUUGGUGUUUGCUUAUAAUUCAUCUUCUGAUAAAUUUCAUGCAGAAGAACAUUUCAAAAGGUUUGAAAAAUAUGACAAAUGGAAGCUUCAGGAGUUCAGGCAAUUUGUAAAAAGGAGGAUUGGUUGCUCACCUGAUGACCUUGAAGAAAAUGACCCUAUUGGAUGGUUUGAGCUGGAAGAAGAGUGGGAUGAAGCAGAUGUCAAGUUGCAACAAUGCAGAAUUGCCAAAUAUUUGAUGGUGAAGUUCCUCUGCACCCGCGAAGAGUCAGCAGAGCGUUUGGGAGUUCAAGGCUUGAGCAUCAGUGGAUAUCUCCGACCUAUAAGAGCUGAAGCCGAGCAGAGCGUGGUCUGUGCCCACUGCAAAAAGGACUCAGAGGAGAGGGUCUGUGGAGCCACUCUGCUCCUCAGGACCCUUCAGUUCAUCCAGCAGCUCGCGCAUGACCUGGUGCAGCAGAAGGAAAGUGGCUUAAAAUAUAGAUCUUUUCUGGACUUCGCGGGUCUUGAUUUGCAGAUCUUCUGGAAUUUUUACAAUAAGUUAAAGCAAAAUUCAAGGGAAGAAUGCAUUUGUGCCCAAACCCUGCUUCUGCAGCUUCUUCAGAGCUGCUUCUCCGUGCUGCAGGGAGAGACUCCAGCUGCCUCUCAGGGGACAAAGAAAACUGCAAAACAGAACCCUGGACAGAUAGAGGCCGCCAAGGAGCUCUUCUCGCACUUAUGUGAUGUGGUGGAUAGAGUGAAUGAAGAUUCUGUGCCCAUGGAAAUAUUAAAACAAGAAGUCAGGAACACCCUUCUCAAUGGGGCUGCCGUCUUCUUUCCUGACCGGCAAAUCCGGCGGAACCAUCUCUUCACCAUGAUGAAAAAUGUCACUGAACAGGAACAUAAGCAGUCCUUGCAGCUUACUUUUCGCUCACUGUGCACAUAUUUUAGUGAUAAGGAUCCAGGAGGCCUUUUACUUUUACCUGAAAAGGGUGACCAGGCGGAUUUGAACAUUGACGAAGUACUGGCGGUCAUGAGCACUCUACUCUCUGUUGCUGCACGAGAGUGCGAGCUGUUGAUGCUUAAUGGAACACAAGGGGAGUUUGGCUCAGUGCUUUUCUCCCUGUUCUGGUCUGUCCAAGGCAGCCUGCUCUCCUGGUGCUACCUGCAACUGAAGAGCACAGACUCUGAAGCCAAAGAUAUUGCUAUUGACCUUAUUGAAAAAUAUGUGGGGCAAUUUCUGGCAAGCAUGAGAGUUAUUUUGGAAUCCCUUUUGUCACAGUAUAGUGGAAAAACCAUCGUAGAAAAAUUAUGUAAUUCGGUGUUCUCAAUGGCAGCUCGUCAACUGGUAAUCUUUCUACUGGACUUUUGCACUUUAGACAUUUCCCACUGCACACUGUUGAGAGAGUUCAGUACCCUAACAGAACUGUUGAAAAAGCUCUGCAAUGACCCUGAAGGAGGGCUGGAUAAGCUUGAUGUUGAGUCCUGGCAGCAAGAGCGGCCAGUGGUGUUGCAUACUUGGACAAAAGAAUCUGCUCACAACUAUGAAAAUAAUUGCCAUGAUGUGUCUAUCUUUGUUAGCCCAGGGGCAACGUAUUUCGAGGUAGAAUUUGAUGAGAAGUGUGAAACUGAAAAAAGGUACGAUUACCUAGAAUUUACGGACUCUAGAGGUGGAAAAACACGCUAUGAUACCAAAGUUGGCACUGAGAAAUGGCCCAAGAAAGUUACCUUUAAGGCUGGUCCUCGGCUACAGUUUCUCUUCCACUCUGACAGCAGUAACAACGAAUGGGGCUACAAAUUUACUGUCACUGCCUAUGGCCUGCCAGAUGUUGCUGUGUCUUGGGGGUUGGAUUUACAACUCCUCGUUUCCAGACUGAUGGGACGCCUUGCUUCCCAGUGCAUGGCGCUCAAGACUGUGCAUAAGUUAGGAAGUAACAUGGCACUAUCUCAGGCAAAAAUGGCAUCAGUACUAAACUCCCCCUUGUGGAAACCUGUCUUCAGACAUCAGAUAUGUCCAGAGUUGAAAUUAGAAACGAACUGGCCCACUCACACAUCCCAGAAUAGUAAAGAGGUUAAGAACAUUCCUGAUGAUCCCUGCCACCGUUUUCUUCUUGAGUUUGCACAAUCAGAUCCUUCCCAGAAUUUCAGUGGGCCAAACUCAGAUCUUUUCAAAGGAUUCAUACAGGCAUGUAAAAAACAGGCCCUAAAGACAGAUAUAGUUGCUGGUUCCACUAUUGAUCAAGCUGUGAACGCCACCUUUGCUGCUCUGGUAUAUCGAACUCCAGACUUAUAUGAGAAGCUGCAAAAAUAUGUAAAUAGUGGGGGCAAGGCAGCCCUGAGUGAAGAAUUUGCACAGGUGUAUUCCUUAGCAGAUGGGAUUCGAAUAUGGAUGUUAGAGAUGAAGCAGAAGUUGCUGAUGCGCCUAGGCGAUGAGACCGAAGAUCAAUGCGGAUUGGAAGCUGUUGCAGAGGCAAACCCUGAGAUCUUGGCAAAAGAAUGUAUUCAGAAGAGUAUUCUAUUAUUGAAAUUUCUGCCUGUGGGUGUAAAUUCUAAAGAAAACUGUGACAGAUUGGUGACUACAGAUGAAACUGCUCAUCUGCAGCUACUUGACAAACGUCCGAGGACAAGCUCUGUGGUGGAAGAGCAUUUCCAGGCUUCACCACCUCCCGCAGAGGCAGCUUCCUCUGCUGCGGGAGACAGUUCUGGCUUGGAUGUGCAGACAAAGAUGCCUGCCAGUAAUGGCCCCGUGACCCCAGACAUGACUUCUGCCCUGACUGAAGAGCCUUCAUCACCCUCCACACCCACCAGGCGGCCUCCUUUCACUCGAGGGCGACUCCGGCUGCUCUCUUUUCGGUCCAUGGAGGAGGCCAGAUUAGUGCCCACAAUGAAAGAGAAAUACCCGGUACUGAAGGAUGUCAUGGACUUCAUUAAAGACCAGUCACUCUCACAUGAGAGCAUCAUAAAGGUUCUUUCCUUGAAGAAAGCCCAAGCCCAAAGCAUCCUUGAAGCCCUGAGGAUAAUUCAGUAUUGUUCAGAAUCCCUUGGACAGCCUCAUUGCUUCCACCCACCGUUUAUACUUUUCCUUUUGGAGCUUCUGUCCUGCCAGAAAGAGUUUACCAAUUAUUUUGGACACUUGGAAGGCUGUGGUGCAGAUCUACAUAAACAAAUUCGAGACACUUACUAUCAACUUGUUCUGUUUUUGGUCAAAGCAAUUAAAGGAUUUAACAGCUUGAAUGACAGGUCCUUGCUGCCUGCUUUAUCCUGUGUUCAGACAGCUGUGCUUCAUCUUUUGGAUAUGGGCUGGGAACCCAGUGAUCUCACCUUCUUUGUUGAUAUUCAGUUACCAGAACUCCUCAUGAAACUGUCACAGGAAAAUAUAAGUGUCCAUGACAGUGUGAUCAGCCAGUGGAGUGAAGAAGAUGAGCUUGCUGAUGCCAAGCAGAAUUCAGAAUGGAUGGAUGAGUGUCAGGAUGGCAUGUUUGAGGCCUGGUAUGAAAAAAUAGCCCAGGAAGAUCCAGAGAAGCAGAGGAAAAUGCACAUGUUUAUUGCUCGCUAUUGUGACUUGCUAAACGUAGAUAUUUCUUGUGAUGGUUGUGAUGAAAUUGCCCCCUGGCAUCGCUACCGGUGUCUACAGUGCAGUGACAUGGAUCUCUGUAAAACUUGCUUCUUAGGUGGGGUGAAGCCUGAGGGCCAUGGGGAUGACCAUGAAAUGGUGAACAUGGAGUUCACUUGUGACCACUGCCAGGGCUUGAUCAUAGGCCGGAGGAUGAAUUGCAAUGUGUGUGACGACUUUGAUCUUUGCUAUGGAUGCUAUGCAGCAAAGAAAUAUUCCUACGGCCACUUGCCUACACACAGCAUCACCGCCCAUCCGAUGGUGACCAUUCGGAUCAGUGACAGGCAGAGGCUCAUCCAGCCCUACAUUCACAACUAUGCUUGGCUGCUCUUUGCGGCCCUGGCCCUCUACAGUGCCCACCUGGCUAACACAGAGGAAGUGGACGGCGAGAAGCUGGAUCCCCAGGCCCGCAGCAGUGCUGCCACCCUGCGGAGCCAGUGCAUGCAGCUUGUGGGGGACUGUCUGAUGAAGGCUCACCAGGGAAAAGGUCUUAAAGCUCUAGCUCUUCUUGGUAUAUUGCCAGAUGGAAACUUUGCCUCAGAAAACCAGGCCCCAUCAGCCACAGUACCCACCAAAACAUCAGAGGACCAGCUAAAGAAAACUGUGCCAGCUGCUGAGGAGCCAUCAGACUCAGGCCUGUCUGUGCAGUGCAACGGAGAAAGAGAUAUUAAUAAGGAAACCAGACCUUCAGAUUGCAAGAAGAAAAAUAAGGCAGAUGAAGGUAUAUUGGUAACAAAGCAGACUCAAAUUUCAGACUCUACUGCAGAUGCCAACACAGCUACAGAACUUCCAGAUGCUGAAAAUUCAGAGGAGUCACCUCAGAAGACCAUUGAAGAAAAGGCAGUCACUCCAGACCCUGAGCAAGUAUUUGCUGAGUGUUCCCAGAAGAGAAUUUUGGGACUACUAGCAGCCAUGUUGCCUCCCUUAUGGAUGGAUCCUACGAUUCCCCUUGUAGACCUGGAGCAUGUCCUCCCGCUCAUGUUUCAGGUUGUCAUCUCAAACGCAGGUCACCUGAAUGAAACUUACCACCUCACUCUGGGUCUUCUUGGCCAGUUAAUUAUCCGCCUUUUACCAGCAGAGGUAGAUGCUGCAGUAAUCAAAGUCCUCUCAGCCAAACACAACCUGUUUGCAGCAGGGGACAAUUCUGUAGUGCCUGAUGGCUGGAAGACCACCCACCUGCUUUUCAGCCUGGGAGCUGUGUGUCUAGACAGCCGGGUGGGCUUGGACUGGGCAUGCUCCAUGGCAGAGAUCCUGCGGUCUCUCAAUAAUGCCCCACUGUGGCGUGACGUCAUUGCCACCUUCACUGACCACUGCAUCAAGCAGCUGCCUUUCCAGCUGAAGCAUACCAACAUCUUCACCCUCCUUGUGCUGGUCGGGUUUCCCCAGGUCCUCUGUGUGGGGACCCGCUGUGUUUAUACGGAUAAUGCCAAUGAACCACAUAACGUAAUCAUCUUGAAGCACUUUACUGAGAAAAACAGGGCUGUGAUCGUCGAUGUCAAAACUCGGAAAAGGAAAACAGUGAAGGACUACCAACUGGUCCAGAAAGGAGGACAGGAAAGCGGAGACUCUCAGGCCCGGCUGAGACAGUACUCCCAGCACUUUGCCUUCAUUGCCAGUCACCUUCUACAAACCAGCAUGGACAGCCAUUGCCCCGAGGCUGUGGAAGCAACUUGGGUUCUGUCCCUCGCCCUCAAAGGAUUAUAUAAAACAUUAAAGGUUCAAGGUUUUCAAGAGGCCCAUGCCACCUUCCUUCAGACUGAUUUGCUAAAGCUGUUGGUGAAAAAGUGCAGCAAAGGGACUGGCUUCAGUAAAACGUGGCUCCUCCGGGACCUUGAAAUUUUGUCGAUCAUGCUAUAUUCCUCAAAAAAAGAAAUCAACAAUUUGGCAGAGCACGCAGACCUGGAAGUGGAUGAGCGAGGGGACCAAGAGGAGGAGGCGGAGCGGUCAGCGAGCAGCCCCAGUGAGCCAGAGCCAAAAAAGUUGGACCCACUCGAAAACCUGGAUGAGCCCACCAGGAUCUGUUUCUUGAUGGCUCAUGAUGCCCUCAAUGCCCCUCUACACAUUCUUCGGGCCAUAUAUGAACUGCAAAUGAAAAAGACCGAUUCUUUCUUUCUGGAGGUUCAGAAGAGGUUUGAUGGAGAUGAACUCGCCACAGAUGAAAAGAUACGGACCCUGGCUCAGAAGUGGCAACCUAGGAGGAGCCUGAGAUUAGAGGAGCAAAAUGCCAAGGCUGUGGAUACAGACAUGAUUAUCUUGCCAUGCCUGUCCCGGCCUGUAUGCUGCACCCAGGCUACUCCUGAAUCAAACCCAGUGACCCAGAAACUGAUCUCCUGCACAGAGAGCGAGCUUCAGAAGAGCUAUGCCAAGCAGCGGCGGAGCAAGAGUGCCGCCCUUCUGCACAAGGAGCUUAAUUGCAAGACCAAGAGGGCUGUACGGGACUACCUUUUCCGCGUGAAUGACGCUACGGCCGUCCUGUAUGCCCGCCAUGUGCUGGCUUGCUUGCUCGCUGAGUGGCCCAGUAACAUUCCAGUGAGCGAGGAAAUCCUGGAGCUCAGCGGCCCUGCACAUAUGACCUAUAUCUUGGAUAUGUUCAUGCAGCUGGAAGAAAAGCAACAGUGGGAGAAGAUCCUGCAGAAGGUGCUCCGAGGCUGCCAGGAGAGCAUGCUGGGAACCAUGGCUCUGGCUGCCUGCCAGUUCAUGGAGGAGCCAGGGAUGGAGGUGCAAGUGCGGGAAUCCAAACAUCCAUACAACAACAAUACCAACUUUGAGGAUAAAGUUCACAUUCCUGGGGCAAUCUACCUCUCAAUCAAAUUUGAUUCUCAGUGCAAUACAGAGGAAGGCUGUGAUGAAUUAGCCAUGUCGAGCAGCAGUGACUUUCAGCAGGAUCGACAUAAUUUCAGCGGGUCUCAGCAGAAAUGGAAAGAUUUUGAGCUUCCAGGAGACACUCUCUAUUACCGCUUCACCUCUGACAUGAGCAACACUGAGUGGGGCUACAGAUUCACUGUGACUGCAGGACACCUGGGACGAUUCCAGACAGGAUACGAAAUUUUGAAGAAAAUGUUGUCAGAAAAGAAAGUUGUGCGGCAUCUCCCGUUGUCCAAAAUUUGGGAAUGGAUGGUAGGUGUGGCCUGUCGCCAGACUGGUCAUCAGCGAUUAAAAGCCAUCCAUCUUCUUCUGAGGAUCGUGCGAUGCUGUAGCCGCCGUGACCUCUGCGACCUUGCGCUGUUAAAGCCCCUGUGGCAGCUCUUCAGCAAUAUGGAGUACAGCCUGUUGGAGGACGUGACACAGCGUCGCAUCCUCGUCCCCCUGCACCGCGCCCUCACUGAGCUCUUCUUCGUCACCGAGAACCGCGCACAGGAGCUUGGCUUGCUGCAGGACUACCUGCUGGCCUUAACCACCGAUGACCAUCUUCUCCGCUGCGCCGCACAGGCUCUGCAGAACAUUGCUGCUAUCAGCCUGGCCAUCAACUACCCCAACAAGGCCACCUGCCUCUGGAAUAUAGAGUGUUAGCCCGGUGAGGCAUGCACGGAGCCAGCUGAUCUGGCCACAGGCCUUUUGGAGAGACACCUGACCUCGUCCAGGAAAGUUCCUGCACUCGAGUUCCCACUUCCACUCUGAUGAGAAAACCAAGCAGCCAGACCUCCAAGAACUUCCCAAAUUACGACUCGACCCCUGCACACACCACAGCAUGUGAAAAGAAGCAGGACCAUGCUGAGGGACCCAGAAAAGACAAGCAAGAAGCUCUUGAGAAGGUUGUUCAGGAGCCAGCCUUCCCCAGGGUCUGCCUGCAGGAGCUGCAGUCCUGGAGGACCUGGCCACUGCCCCAUGGGACAGAGCUCUCUGGGCAGGCGGGUGGGCGCCCUGGCGCUGGCCCUGGACAGCCUGCGUGUGCGCACAGCCGCAUUCUCAGCAAGCCCUUCGGCUGCAGUGCAGGGACCAGCUUUUGCUUCUUGAGACUGGACAGUCAUAAUCAAAACCAGCGAGAUUCCCUUCCUGGCCAACACCUGGUCCCAUGCGCUCAGCACAGGACCUGGCAGCGUCCCAGAGAAACCUUCAGUGAAGACAAGUGCCCUUGGGGACAGCCGCGGCCACGUGUGCUCCUGCUCAUGCAUGGCUCCCAGCAUAGCCACUUUUUUUUAAGUUGUUGUCUUGACAUAUUUUAGUUCCCCCUCACGUUUUUAGAAUAGAACCACGUAGACUCCCUUAGAGGGCCUCCAGAGAGUGAGCAGUGACCAGGCCUCCAGUGGGCCAGACUGCUUUGGGUAAGAGUUGCAGAACCAAGGAGUGUUCUCCAGCGUCUGUACCUAGGACUUGAAGUGCAGUCAGAGAUCUUAUCUUAGAAGUCAAAAAUAUAAAAACCCUAAGAUGACACACAUACACACACACACACACACACACAGGAUGGUGUGGUCACCAUCACCCCUACCACUAAGACUCUGUGUGGUUACUCUGCUGUCACACGUCUAGCAAUAAUUCCAUUCGUUCUUAUGAGGGCUGUUUGCCAUUUUCCUUUUUAGGGUUGUCAUCUCGCCCUGACGUGCUGAUGGUGAUUCUCUUUUCAAGGUCACACUUUGGAGAGUGAGGCUGGGUUGGCCCCUGGGCUGCGUGCAGAUCUCGGAGGGUCUGUGAGCGUGGGAGAGGUCCACAGUGGCUGCAUUCAAGGGCAGGUGUGCGAGCCCCAAUACUGCUCUCCACACAGGCCUGGCAGUGCCAGGUGGACAGGUGGGCACUGCCAUGGCCGUGGAAGCUCCCUCUGCAGGGUCCGCAGGGGCAGGGCCCAGACUGCAGGUCCCAGGAACCUCUUCCUGUACAAAUACUUCUGCCAACAUGUGGCAACUUCCCUCAGCCUCACGGCUAGAUUCUAGCCCAGGCCUGAGGCUGUGUUGUGGAACCAUCAGGAAGGAACAUGACGUUAGCAAGGUGUGUGCCUGGCCUGGUGCCCUGGCUGCGGGAACUGUUCUGCCAGCCGGGUAGAAUCCCCUUCCCCAUCUUUGCCUGCUUUUCCAGAGAAGGCCCCGGAUUCGGUGAGAAGGGAGCAGGUGGGCACAGACUCCAAGGGUGGACUGUCUGAGGAGAGACACCGAGACGGUGCGCUGGCUGCUGACCUGGGCAGAGCAGGACUGUGGGCCGGGCGGGGGCCCCGCCUGUCAGGGCAGCUGCCAACAGCUUCGUUCCCCUUCUUCCCGGCAGGACGACAAGUCGUAAAUAAACGCUGGGCUCCUCAUAGCUUGUCUCCCUCCACCACCCUUGCUGUUCUGGUUUCUCUGUACUUCCGCUUACUUAGAACAAGCCUGAGUUUUCCCUUCAUGCCGAACGGCUGCUCUCCUGGCAGGGCCCCUGCAUCCCACCCCACCCCUGCUUCCGGCCACUGGGUGGCGCCGCUGAGCAAGACCCAGCGCCUACUCUGGCCCUGUCCGCCAGUGGCUACCACAGCAGCUGGCCCUCACCGAAGCCGACUGUAAGGGAAAGAGGGAUUUCCUUCGAGGCCAACGUCCCUUUGACCUUCUUAGGAGGCAGGACUGCCUGCAGUGAGAUAUAACUGGCAGGAAUAAAGGUAUUGUGGAAACAUGUGCCUAAUCUAUAAAGAAAAUCUGUUCCAAAUCAUAUAUAUUGUACAAACAGACACUGUUCCUAAUGAGAGGAGUGACUUAUUUUCAUCAUCGUUUUUAAUUUGUUUUCUUACGGGUUUACGAUUUUGAAUUUUUCUUAUUGGUUGAAAGAAAGAAUUUUGAUUAUAUUAGCUGAGUGAGUUCAGCCUGUACAAAGAAUGUUAAGUUGCAGAUAAAAUAUGCAAAUGAAGAGAAAUAUAUUGUACAAAUUCUAUAUAAAACAGUACAAUUGCGUG